UCAGGUAUAAAAGCCCGGCAUCACUGCUGCAAGACACACUCGCUCAGCUGUGGCCACAGCUAACCAACUUUCAGCCAUGAAGCUCUUGGUGUUUGUGAUCCUGGCAGCUGCCGCUUGCGCUUCUGAGAUUGAGAAGCGAGAUGCGGAGCCCAGUUACGUGACGAGCAAUUACGGUAGUGCUUACCCUGCAUACAUUCACCAUUACCACAAUGGAAAGAGGUCUGCCGAGCCAGAGCCUGAACCAUCAUACCCAAUUUAUUCCUCCGGCCUUCGAUUUGGUUAUGGCCACCAUUACUACAAGAGGUCUGCCGAACCAGAGCCUGAACCCUUCGAUAUGGUUAUGGCCACCAUUACUACAAGAGGUCUGCCGAACCAGAGCCUGAACCAUUGUAUCCUGUCUACUACGCUCCCCGUCACAGUUAUCGCCGCCAUUUCUACAAGAGGUCUGCCGAACCAGAGCCUGAACCAUUGUAUCCUGUCUACUACGCUCCCCGUCACAGUUAUCGCCGCCAUUACUACAAGAGGUCUGCCGAACCAGAACCUGAACCAUCGUAUACUCUCUACUCCGCUCCCCGUCACAGUUAUCGCCGCCAUUUCUACAAGAGGUCUGCAGAUCCUGAACCAUCCUACUCAGUCUUCUCUAAUUAUGGUUACCGGCCACUAAACCCUUAUAGUCACCACCUUUACUAGAUUUCUGCUGAUUUAAAUGACAACAUCUCUACUUACAUUUAGGCCUACGGGAAAUAAAAAAAAUAUGGUAAACCAUCUCAACAAUAAUUUUCAGACUACGAGGCCUACAUGACAAACAAUUGCAAAGAUUGCACUCAUCGCCAGGAUUACUAUCAUUAUGACAUCCAUGAGCUGAAAUACACAUUAAAUUAUUUAACAAGUUUAAUGUUGUUUUGUUGAGUGUUCUGUUGUACAGCAAAGAAAUAAAUCUAUAUAAUAAU